UGAGGUGCAAAUUGCUACGGUCAGCUGUUUCCAGUCGGCUUGUUUAUGUGAGCGGACCAGUCUCGCCCAACAACAAAUACAACGAAAAGAUAAUCAGCUGUCUUUUUGUCCGCAGGCAGGUCAUGGAGUUCGCAGAGUUGAUAAAGACCCCCAGGGUGGAUGGGGUCAUCCUACACCGACCUUUCAUGCCCACGGUGGAGGGGACCCUGUGUUUGACCGGGCAUCACCUGAUUCUCUCCUCCAGACAGGACAACACCGAGGAGCUGUGGCUGCUUCACUCAAACAUCGACUGCAUAGAGAAAAGAUUUCUGGGGUCACAGGGAAGGAUUAUUGUAAAAUGCAAAGACCUGAGGGUGAUCCAGCUCGACAUCCCUGGCAUGGAGGAGUGUCUCAACAUUGCCAGUUCCAUCGAGGCCCUGUCCACGCUUGACAUACUCUCCCUGAUGUACCCUUUCUUCUACCGGCCCAUGUUUGAAGUCAUAGAAGACGGCUGGACCUCAUUUCUUCCACAGGAUGUCUUUAAAGAUUUAGAAACCAUGACGGAUGAGUGGAGACUGAGUGAGGUCAACAAGGACUUCAGCGUAUGUGCAUCGUACCCUCCUCUAGUGGCAGUGCCCAAAGGUGUGGACGAUGACACUCUGAGGAAAGUAGCCACCUUCCGUCACAGUGGCCGUUUUCCAGUACUUAGCUACUACCACAAGAAGAACGGCAUGGUGAUGAUGCGCGCCGGGCAGCCUCUGACCGGCACCAACGGGCGCCGGUGUAAGGAAGACGAGAAGCUGAUCAACGCCACACUGCGACCGGGAAAACGCGGCUACAUCAUCGACACGCGCGCCGUCAACGUCGCCCAGCAGGCCAAAGCUCGAGGCGGAGGAUUCGAGUCCGAGGCUAACUACCCGCAAUGGAGGAGGAUUUCCAAGGCGAUCGAAAGGUCUAACAUCCUCCAGGAGAGUCUGAUAAAGCUGGUCGAGGCGCUUAACGACCAGUCGCACAAUAUGGACCGCUGGUUAAGCAAGCUGGAGGCUUCCAACUGGCUGACCCAUGUCAAAGAGAUCCUCACCACCGCCUGCCUGGCUGCCCAGUGUAUCGACAGGGAGGGAGCGUCGGUCCUCGUUCACGGCACCGAGGGGACGGACUCCACCCUGCAGGUGACCUCGUUGGCUCAGAUCAUCCUCGACCCGGCCUGCAGGACCAUCAGAGGCUUCCAGGGCCUGGUGGAGCGCGAGUGGCUUCAGGCGGGCCACCCGUUCCACCAGCGCUGCGCCCAGUCGGCCUUCUCCAACAGCAAGCCUCGCCAAGAGGCCCCCGUCUUCCUCCUGUUCUUGGACUGCGUGUGGCAGAUCCUUCGCCAGUUCCCGUGUUCCUUUGAAUUCAGCGAAGGCUUCCUGGUGCUGGUCUUUGAACACGCGUACGCUUCUCAGUUCGGCACCUUCCUGGGCAACAGCACGGCCGAGAGAGUCAAACUGUCUCUGCCUCAGAAGACCGUGUCCCUGUGGUCGUGGGUGAACCGGCCCCAGCAACUGGAGCGCCUGACCAACCCGCUCUACGAGGCCAACAGUCUGGUGAUCUGGCCCUCUGUCGCCCCUCAGAGUCUGCUGCUGUGGGAAGGAGUGUUCCUUCGUUGGAACCGCUCGUCCAGGUGUCAGGACGAGGCCUACGCGGAAAUGGUGCACAUAAUUGAAUACAACAAGGAGCUCCAGAACAAAGUGAACAAGCUGCGCAGGCAGCUGGCCCAGCUGGAGACGGAGGAUCGUCUGUCACAGACGCCCUAGAGGGGGAGAGAGAUGAAAGAAAGAGGUAGAAAAUGUGUAAAUAUAAGGAGAUACUUUAACAGAUCAAUGUCCCAAGUGAGAAUGUAUCCUUUAGUUUUUCAGUUGGGAUUUUUGUAUAUGAUUGAUGAUGAAACAUUUUGGUUUCUCUCACAGAUAUGAAAUGGUAAAGCGACGCAUCCAGAUUCAGUUUAAAAUCAACCACAAAUUUCCCAUCAAUGCCGCAAUCUUUCACACAGACCAUGUGACUGGAGAUGCAGAAAGAGCGGCCUGAUUCAUAAACUAAAAAAAAACUCUUUAGUUGAAAUGGGAAUUCCUUCCUUACUUUGUGUGACUUAAGAACAAUGUGAGUCCAUUUUUCUAAACGUCUUUCAAUAGAUGGCCAUUGAUCUUGAUCCGGAGGAAAUGUACUAAGUUUUCUCCAAACAUCCUGCUUAAUGUAUACGCUACCGAAGCACUGCAGAGUAACUAUGGCAACACGUAAUGUGGGCAGGAUGUGACUUUGCUGCGCAAUGAGACCUGACAUAAUAAGCGUAGGGGGGGUUGAUAGGGGCCUGAACGCUUUACCUUUCAUGUGUAUGGGACGUGCUCCACACACACAAGAUUACCGGAUGAAUGUUCACUUGCCUGCUUCUGGGUUUUUUUUUCUCCUCCCAACCUCACAGAAACAGUGGCCAUGUUGGUCAUACAGUAUAUGAGGGUUAUAAAGUUAAAUAUUCCUUUUAAAGACCCAUUUAAAUUUUGAUAAUUAAAGCUACCAAACAACAGUCAUGGUCUUCAAGCGCAUUAGUAAACAAAAUGCAUAUUUGGUGGUUUUUAUUUUACGAUCUAAUACCGAUGCACUUGUGAAAAGCACGGACAGAAUCAGAACAAUGUGGUUAGAACUCGUGUAGCACUAUUAAAUGUUUAAAAACGCUGAUAUAUCAACAAACUCAAGCCAUUAGCACAUAAAUGACAUGGGUCGUGCAUCCAAAGUGAUUAUUGAAACACGUCCUGUUGGCAUGGUGACGUUAAAGCUCCUCUUUCAGUCCCCGGCCAAAGGAAGCCUCCAUCGGGAUGAUUAAGAAAGCUAAAUGCUGCACUUUAAGGUCAAUAUAAAUGGAUCUUUGGGGUUAAACUAAAUCCACAGUGGUCAUCCCGGGUUAGUUAUUUUGUUUAUUUUGCCAGUAUGAAAUUGUAUUUUGUAUUCUUGUGUCCACGUCGUCUUGAUGCAUUUCAUCUGUUGUGCUUCAAAAAUUGAUUGAUAAACACUAUGCUGAACUGAUUCCAGCCACUACAAUGAAAUGCUUCAUAAAGGGAAAGUUGUUCAUAGCUGCACUAUAUACGUGUGUGUGUGUGUGUGUGUGCGCGCCGCAUGAAGAGGACAAUGCAUUACUUCAGGGUGAUGGUUUGAUUUCCUGUGCCGUCAUUUUGCUUCGUGUUGUCUCUUAACGUUGCUUUGCCCACGUCAACAGCUCUACGGUGUUUGUGCAAGGCUUUACUGCUAAAUCAUAAUUCAAAAUGUACUUUUUAGGUAAUUCUGUAAAAUUAUAUUGUUGUUUAAAAGAUUGGAUGUUUUUUCUUUUUUUAAAGUUUCAAGCCAUUAAAUAAAUUAUAACAUAAGA